GCAGUUGUCUUUAUUUUCCAAUUCCCCCCUUUAUAGAAGAACUACACCUCAAGAAGCCAAACACUUAAGUUAUACUAAAGUUGCAAUGGCUUCAGGGAAGGGAAUUAAUGGACGCGACAGUCUUGAAUUUGAGGCUGAGGCAAAAGAAGCAGACUAGCUGCAAUGGAGUGAGGGCGGGAGCUCCAGGUUCUGACCAAUCAGAAUGGAUGUCAAUGAUCAACAAAGAGGAAAGAAGAAACAUGGGAGCAGCUGUGAAACAGAGGAAGAUCGAAAUAAACCAACAUACUGUGUGACUGACGUUCCCCCGUGGUACCUUUGUAUUUUUCUGGCCAUUCAGCAUUACCUGACAUCAUUCGGUGCCAUGACCUCCAUCCCCCUCAUUCUCUCGGAGGGGCUGUGUCUGCAGCACGACAGCCUGACCCAGAGUCAGCUCAUUAACACAAUUUUCUUCUCCUCUGGCCUGAUCACCAUGCUGCAGGUCACCUUUGGUAUCAGGCUUCCCAUCCUACAGGGGGGCACCUUUGCUUUGUUGACCCCCGCCAUGGCCAUGUUGUCCAUGCCAGAGUGGAAGUGCCCAGCUUGGACCCAGAACGCCAGUCUGGUCAACACCUCCUCCCCUCUCUUCAUAGAAGUGUGGCAGACCCGCAUGAGAACACUGCAGGGCUCUAUCAUGGUGGCGUCUCUGCUCCAGAUCCUGAUCGGUUUCUCGGGCCUCAUCGGCUUCCUCAUGCGCUUCGUUGGCCCGUUAACCAUUGCCCCCACAGUCUCUCUCAUAGGCCUGUCACUGUACGAAUCAGUCGGAGCCAAGGUCGGCAGCCACUGGGGCAUCUCUGCUAUGACCACGGUGCUGAUCAUCCUGUUCUCCCAGUACCUCCGUCGCAUACCAAUCCCUGUUCCUGCAUACAGCAAAGCCAAGAAACUCCACACUUCAAAGUUAUAUAUCUUCCAAAUAAUGCCUAUUCUGUUGGGCAUUGCGGUGUCAUGGUUAGUCUGCUACCUCCUCACCAUCACUGACGUCCUACCAUCUGAUCCAGACCAGUAUGGCCACCUGGCCCGCACCGAUGUGAAGGGAGAUGUGCUGAACCAGGCUUCCUGGUUCACAUUACCGUAUCCCGGUCAGUGGGGCAUGCCAGCUGUGAGCCUGGCCGGUGUGUUUGGCAUGAUGGCUGGAAUAGUGUGCUCCAUGGCCGAGUCCGUGGGCGACUACCACGCCUGUGCCAGGCUGUCCGGGGCCCCUCCUCCACCCAAGCACGCCAUCAGCCGGGGCAUUGGUGUUGAAGGGCUCGGCAGUUUGUUGGCGGGGGCCUUUGGCACAGGCAACGGAACGACCUCAUUCAGUGAGAAUGUGGCGGCUCUGGGGAUCACGAAGGUGGGUAGCCGGAUGGUCAUUCUGGUGAGUGGAGUGUUAAUGAUUUUGAUGGGCAUGCUGGGUAAAAUUGGAGCCAUCUUCACCACCAUCCCCACCCCUGUGAUGGGAGGGAUGUUCCUGAUCAUGUUUGGAGUCAUAACUGCAGCAGGAGUUUCUAACCUGCAGUCCACAGACAUGAACUCCUCCAGGAAUAUAUUUGUUUUUGGUUUUUCCAUGUUUUCUGCACUCGUCAUUCCGAACUUUAUAAUGAAGAAUCCAGAUUUAUUACAAACAGGUGUUAAAGAGGUAGACCAAGUGUUACGCAUAUUAUUGACCACAAAUAUGUUCGUGGGAGGGGUUCUUGGCUUCUUCCUGGACAACACAAUUCCCGUGUUUAAUGCCACCGCCUUAGGGACCAAGCGUGAGCGCGGCCUCUUAACCUGGGACAAAGUGGAUCUUGAGGACUCUAUCUACGCCGUUGGGACUGAAGAGGUGUACGACCUCCCCUUUGGCAUAACCUCUCGCCUCUCGUCCCAAUCGUGGGUUCGCUACGUCCCCUUCUGCCCGUGGAAGGGUAACAGAUCUAAGUACAGGUCGGAGGACAACAACACGCCACAGGAGCAACCCCUCAGAGGAACAGUGGUCAAUGCUGAACUUGCUCUAUGAGGUCUGGAGUAGAUGUGGUGUCAUAGAAUGGAAACAGCCAGGAUAUUUAUGCAUGCUAUGAUUUAUUUCAAUAUGUCUUUUACAAAUGAACAUUAAAAAACUCUGGACAAAAAGUCAGCGCAUUUUAAAUACUAUUUAUUUACAUAAGACUCGUGCCCGUUUUAGCCCCUCCUCCAAUAUGCGAUUAUCGAGAUUA